AUGUCAGCAGACAACCAAACAUCUGUAGUGGAGUUCAUUCUUCAGGGCUUCUCAGAUGACCCACAGAUCCGGGUGCUACUCUCGGUCCUUUUCCUCUUCCUCUACCUGAUAGGUCUUGCAGGAAACGUCCUCAUCGUCCUACUCAUCAUUCUCAGCCCAGGUCUGCACACCCCCAUGUACUUCUUCCUUGUCAACCUGGCCUUUUUGGACCUCAUUUGCACAAACACUGUUCUCCCCAAACUUAUGGAGAGCUUGCUGGUCACUGUGGGCACAAUCUCCUAUCAUGGUUGCCUGACCCAAAUCUUUUUCCUGACUUGGUCCCUUGGUGCGGAGCUGUUGUUGCUCACAGUCAUGGCAUUUGACCGCUAUGUGGCCAUCUGCCAGCCAUUGCGGUAUGGCACCAUCAUGAGUUGGCCACUGUGUACACUGCUAGCCACAGCUGUGUGGACAAUCACUGUAGCCAACACAUCAGUGCACACAGGCCUCAUGGCACGGCUGAACUUCUGUGGCCCCAAUCACAUGCAGCAUUUCUUGUGUGAAGUCCCCUCGCUGCUGUUACUGUCUUGUAGCCCCACAAUUGUAAACAAUAUCAUGAUUAUCAUGGCUGAUGUCUACUUCGGCGUGGUCAACUUCUUCUGCACCAUGGUUUCCUAUGGCUACAUUGUGGCCAGCAUCCUCCGCAUCCGCUCAUCUUCAGGCAAGCACAGAGCCUUCUCUACCUGCUCCUCCCACCUCCUGGUGGUCACCUUGUACUACUCCACUGUCAUCUACACCUAUUUCCUCCCAGCCUCUGGUGCCUCAAUGGAGAAUGGUAAGGUCGUGGCUGUAUUGUACACAGCGGUCAGUCCUGCCCUGAACCCGCUCAUCUACAGCUUGAGGAACAAGGAUGUGAAAGCUGCUCUCCAGAAGGUAGCCCCUUCCUCCUGGUUAGGAAAGAGUGUGGCCACAUGA